AUGUCGGACAUUCCAAAGAAAAAUAAUCCUCAAACGGCCCCUACUCCUCAAAACACCCCAAUGAAUAACGCUCCUAUUUCAUCGCAUGCUCAGCAACCUGGUGUUGGCACGAUUAAGGAAGAGGAGUUUGAACGCGCUGCAGCAGCCUCUCUCUUCGCACAAAACCCAAAACUUGUCCAGAUGAUCCAUGGAAAGCUUGGCAGUCUUGUUGGCCGUUCAUCUGGUUACAUCGAGUCCCUCCCUACACCCGUUCGUCGUCGCGUUGCCGGUCUUAAGGGCGUUCAAAAAGAACAUUCGAAGUUAGAAGCCGAGUUCCAGGAAGAGGUCUUGGAGCUUGAGAAGAAGUACUUCGCCAAGUUCACCCCUCUGUACCAGAAGCGAGCCAAGAUCGUUAACGGCGAGGUCGAGCCCACUGAGGAGGAGAUUAAAUCUGGUGAGGAAGAGGAUGAAGAGCACGAUGCAGAACAAGCCGAGAAGGUCGAUGAAUCCGCCGAGAAGAUUGCUGGUAUUCCAGAAUUCUGGUUGUCCGCAAUGAAGAACCAAGUUUCGCUUGCCGAAAUGAUCACAGACAGAGAUGAGGCCGCACUCAAGGACUUGACCGAUAUACAAAUGGAAUACCUCGACAAGCCCGGUUUCCGCUUAAUUUUCCAAUUCGCCGACAACGAGUUCUUCACCAACAAGACAAUCACCAAGACUUACUUCUACCAAAACGAGAGCGGUUAUGGUGGAGACUUCAUCUAUGACCAUGCUGAAGGUGACAAAAUUAAUUGGAAGGAUGGCAAGGACUUGACUGUUCGUGUUGAGAGCAAAAAGCAACGCAACAAGAACACAAAGCAGACCCGUGUUGUCAAGAAGACUGUCCCAACAGAGUCCUUCUUUAACUUCUUCUCCCCACCCAAGGCACCUACAGAAGAUGACGAUGAUGACACAGCCUCGGAUAUUGAGGAGCGCCUCGAGCUCGACUAUCAGUUGGGCGAGGACAUUAAGGAGAAGCUUAUUCCACGUGCAAUCGACUGGUUCACUGGAGAGGCUCUUCAAUUCGAGGAAUUGGAUGAUGAUAUGGAGGAGGGUGAUUUCGAGGAUGAAGACGAUGAAGAAGAUAUGAGUGAAGACCGUGAUGAUGAUGAUGAUGAGUCAGACGACGAUGAUGAUGCCGCAAAACCCAAGCAGGAGGCCGCUGAAUGUAAGCAAAGUUAG